UAUAUAAAUUGAAAGAAAACACAAAAUUCAAUCGAAAGAGAGAGAGAAGAUGAUCGUUUGAUCAAAACCCUCAUGUGUUUCUGGUUCGUCUUUUCACAUUCUGCAUCGAUGUGGAACCCUAUAUAUGGCGUCUUCUCAUCUUCUUCCAAUUAAUCAUAGAUCAGUAACCGCCGCACAAUCGAGCCCUUGCGAUGGCAAAGAGAACGCACUCCUUCGACGAAGGAAACAGACGGAGGAGUAUCGACCACGCGUUUAUGAUCUGCGAUGUCUCCCUUUCUUUCAUGAUCGAUGUUAUUCAUCACAAACGCUUUUUCCUCGAUUUGAUUUCGAUUUCAGAAGAAGAAACCAACAGUUCAUAAUUACUUCCACUGAAUCAAUUCUAAAGACCUAAUUAUUAUGGCAGCCGGUAGCAAGGGAGGGCUUGAGAAAUUGCGUAGGUUUCUAUGGACAAUAUACUUCAUUUUAGCAAUGUUGUUAUCUCUUGUGGUUGCUUCCGCGUCUUUGUUGGUGGCUAUAGUAGAUAUAUUAGUUCCAUGUGUUCUCAUUUCGAGCUUCACUUGCAUUUCCUGCUACAGUUUUAAGGAACAUCUACAGAGAUAUCAUUUUAGAAACUCUUUGACUGAUGUUCCUCUCGUAUCUGUCAUCAGAUCUCUCAUUAUUACCUGUGUUUAUUCAAUCUGUGAUGGCCCUGCACUCUCACACGGUCCUUAUUUUGGAACUGUCAUGCUUUGUUCAUUCAUUUCAAUCCUUUUUCUCUCUGUCAAAGCUUGUUUCUUCUCUCAAACCGAGGCUGCUUCCUAUUCUUCUCCAGCAAGGCAGAAGAUUCACUUUAAGAAAUCAUGGGGGAUGCCUAUAUUGUUCCUUUCUUCUGUUGUAUUUGCCCUUGGACAUACUGUUGUUGCUUACAGGAUCAGAUGCAAGGCAAGGAGGAAAUUUUUGUUUCAUAGAGUUGACACAGAUAUACUUCCCUGUAACUCUAGUUUUCAGAAGGUUCCUCGAUCUCCAACUCCCGCUGGCAAAACACCCAAAUCAUCUCCAAAAAUACAUCACACAGAAAAGGAGUUCUCGGUCAGGUCUCUAGCUGAUAUUGACAGCUUAUUUACAUCUUGUCAAGGGCUAAUUAUUCACUACAAACUUAGCUUACCAUCUUCGGCUAUAACAUCUCUUGAUAAGCCAUCAGUAAAUUCUGCACCGAUGACACAUUAUUCUCUACAUAGAAGUUCAAGCCAUAAGUUUCAAACGUCUUCCUUGUAUGAUCCAUUAUUGGAGGAGGAACAUUCAACUAUAAUGCCUUCUGAUGAAAUCCCAUUUCUAAGUCUUGAUGAUGGCAAUGAAGAUGAAGGGUGUACAUCAAAACUCCCUGCUUUUGAGUACGAUUUGGAAGCAAAUCACGAGAUUGGCAUUGUUUUGGUGCAUGGUUUUGGAGGAGGUGUUUUUUCAUGGAGGCAUGUGAUGGCUCCCCUUGCCUUGCAGCUUGGACAUACUGUUGCUGCUUUUGACAGGCCUGGUUGGGGAUUGACUUCUAGACCACGUCGAAAAGAUUGGGAAGAAAGUCGUAUGGAGAACCCAUACAGACUCGAAAGUCAGGUUGAUUUGCUGCUUUCUUUCUGUUCCAAAGUUGGGUUUACAUCAGUUAUACUUGUUGGUCAUGAUGAUGGUGGACUGCUUGCCUUGAAGGCUGCACAGAAAAUCCAAGAAUCACCCAAUAAAAUUGCGGUGAACAUAAAGGGAGUGGUUUUGCUAAAUGUUAGCUUGUCAAGGGAAGUUGUUCCUGGCUUUGCUAGAAUACUAUUGCACACUUCGCUUGGAAAGAAACAUAUGAUUCGGCCAUUAUUGAGGACUGAAAUAACUCAGGUUGUGAAUAGACAUGCUUGGUAUGAUUCUGGCAAAUUAACGAGAGAUAUUUUACGCCUUUACAAGGCUCCAUUAUGUGUGAAAGGAUGGGAUGAAGCAGUUCAUGAGAUAGGAAUAUUGUCAUCUGAAAUGGUUCUUACACCACAAAAGAUAACACUAUUGUUAGAGUCGAUUAAAGAUCUGCCUGUUUUGGUUAUUGCCGGCGCCGAAGAUGUUAUGGUUCCCUUGAAAACUGUCCAGGCUUUGUCAUUCAAACUCGUAAAUUCUAAACUGGUGGCAAUAUCGGGUUGUGGCCAUCUUCCACACGAGGAGUGCCCAAAGGCGUUGCUGGCUGCGAUAACGCCGUUCAUCAGCAGAGUUCUGCUUGAUUCAUCGUCUAUCCAGACUCAAUAAUAGUUUUUUAUUUUAAUUUAUUUUCUCUCCUUCCACUUGAAGAAUAUAGACAAUUUUGUACAUGUCAGUUAUACAUUUUGUAGCUCAAAUGUGGUGGUGGGAAGAAUAUGAUUUGAGUGCCCACAGACAAUUCUGAUGUAUUCUUUUCUGGGGAAAAGAAAUAAACCUGUUUGGAAUGUUAUUGAAAGCAAGUUCUCUC